AUGCGCGGGAUCUCAACUAAGUAUGCCAAAGAGAUAUUGGCUGGGCUAGGCUGUGUAAGAGAGACGAGGAGGCAGAGGAAGAGGAAGAGGCAUAGCAGCAUAAGAAAAGAAUAUAAAAGGGUGCUCGAUUGCUCCCUCCAAUACGGCUAUUCUCUUCCUCGUUAUCAUCGCACUAUUCCCCCUCUCCCCCUUGAUUCUUACUUGUAUAUAUAUACAUAUACAUACUCGUACAUCAUCAUCAUGAAGAACCAGCUCGCUCUCCUCGCCCUGGCCACCCAGGCCACUGCCUUCCCCACACUCGCCGGCCGCGCUGGCGAGAUUGUUGGCGGAGAGUCUGUCAAGAUCGAGGACUUCCCCUACCAAGUCGACCUGCGCGUCCAGGACAAUGCAAACUGCGGCGGCACCAUCAUCAGCGGGCGCUACGUCGUGACGGCCGGCCACUGUGCCCUCAACUACAAGGUUGAAGACCUCAGCAUCCGUGUCGGCAGCACCAACAACGGCGAGGGCACCUCGUACAAGGUCAAGAACAAGUACGUCCACCCCAAGUACACCAGCAGCGGCUACUCGUACGACGCGGCCAUCCUUGAGUUCGACCCCCCCAUCCAGUUCACCGACACCGUCAAGGCCAUUGGCCUCGCCGAUACCGAGCCUGCUGUGGGCACCGACACCGUGGUCUCGGGCUGGGGCUCAACCACGGAUGGAAACCCCUCCUACCCUACCGAACUCCAAGCCGUCCAUGUUCCCAUCUUUGACCACGACACGUGCUCCAAGGACUACGGCUCCAGCCCCCCCAUCACCGCUGACAUGAUCUGCGCCGGCUUUGCGGAGGGAGGCAAGGACUCGUGCGGUGGUGACAGCGGUGGCCCCCUCGUUGCUGGCGGCAAGCUUGUUGGUAUCGUCUCCUUUGGCGAGGGCUGUGCUGAGGCCAACUACCCCGGUGUCUACUCCAGCGUUGCAGCCUCGGAGAUCCGCUCCUUCAUCAAGCAGACGACCGGUCUUUAA